CAGUGGUGGCAGCCAUCUUGAAUAAAAUUUCACGGUGGCGUAAAGUGUAAUUCCAAAUAAAAAAUUAAUAUCCAUAAUAGUGAAUGGGAUACAAAAUAAAAUUUGUCAUAAAAAUUUACAAUAUUUAUAAAGGCUAAACCAUUUGCAAAUACUCAUUCGGAGUGUGUGAAAAUUAUUAAAAGAUCACCAAUAAAACAAAUCAGCUGUUAUCCGUCAAUCGAUGUCAACAAAAUUACAUAAUUUUGUUUAGAAAAACAGUGUAGCCUCCGUUUUUGAGUGUCAUUUUGAUAUUAGCAAACAUGCAGAUUCAUAUAAAUGUUCUGCAAAACAAAUUCUUCAAGUAAAUGUUUACCCAGAGGGUGCCAAAAUUCUCGACUAAUUUACGACUUUUUGUAGAAUGUAGUCCACAGUACAUUUUUUAAACAUGGAUCACAACAGUAUAAUUGAGUGUGGUGGAUUUUAUUUUAUACACAAUUUUGACUCUGGAAAUCUCGGUCAUGUGGAGCGAGUGCCUACGGAGCUUAUUGCUCCAAGCCUUAACCCAAAAACAAAUACAGCAGAAACCCCGGACUAUGAGUUCAACAUGUGGACUCGGCCAGAUUGUGCCGGCACUGAGUUUGAGAAUGGCAACCGCACCUGGUUUUACUUUGGUAUCCAAGCCAGAGAGCCUCUUGUUAUGGUGCGGCUGAAUCUAAUAAACCUGAACAAGCAGGGCAAGAUGUACAACCAGGGCAUGGCGCCGGUCACACGGACACUGCCUGGGAAACCACAGUGGGAGAGGAUAAAGGACCGGCCAGUACAUUCUAUGGACGACAACACAUUCACGCUAACCUUCAAGUACCGAACGCCAGACAACCUGAAGGCGACGACGUUCUUCGCGUUCACCUACCCGUUCUCGUUCGCGGAACUGCAAAUAGCCCUGAACUCUAUAGACCUCAAGAUGCUGCCCGCGCCGUCUCCGCAGGCCCCGGACGAUAUAUACUACUGUAGGGAAUGCGUUAUAUACUCGCUGGAAGGCAGACGAGUGGACUUGCUCACAAUAAGUUCCCACCACGGCAUCACGGCGGAGCGGGAGGACAGGCUCAAACAUCUGUUCCCAGAGAACAAACCUAGGGCGUUCAAGUUCCAGAACAAGAAGGUAAUCUUCAUAUCAGCGCGCGUGCACCCCGGCGAAACCCCCUCAAGCUUCGUUUUCAACGGGUUUCUCAACCUGCUUCUUUCGCGUCACGACCCCAUCGCCAUACAACUACGCAAGCUGUAUGUGUUCAAGAUGAUACCGUUCCUCAACCCCGAUGGGGUCGCCAGGGGGCACUACAGGACGGAUACGAGGGGGGUUAAUCUGAACAGGGUCUAUUUGAACCCCUCACUGCUGUACCAUCCGACGGUUUAUGCGUCCAGAGCAUUGAUAAGGUACUAUCAUUUCGGCUGUGAAAAAGAAGAUACGUUUGACGACGUUAAAAGCAUAGCAUCUCGCAGCAUACAGAACAUCAGUGAAAGCGUCGAGAUACUCGAAACGAAGAAGAAAAAGAGUCCUCCGUACAAGUCGAAGCCGAUCUCCAACAAGUCUUCGAGUACGCUGAAAGCGCGGCCGUCCACCGCCGACACGAAACGCGGGGAGCGAUCCAAUGAGGGCUCGUUGUUGAUCGAUCAGCUAAUGGACUCGAAAAAGGGUCCUCCGUUGAAAGGGAAGCCCGUGCCGGUGAACAAAUCCUCCAACACGCUGAAGCGACCUUCCACGACCGAAGGCUCUAAGCAAAAUAUCAAGGCGCCGAGCUCAGGAGAGGAAAACUUAAGCGAUCAGGUAUACGAGCUGAAGCUGCGUGAGAUGACGUCACAGACGACGGAAACGCACUCACCUCGACCCUCUAACAAUCCCUCUCUGCUGAAUGACGAGACGCUCAGAUCGUGCCUGGGCUCGGCGGUGCACCUGAGCUCUAGCGACGAGCUCAACAUCCAGGGCCAUAACCCGCUGCUCCCGCUGCGCGACACGCUCAAAAACAGCAUCAGCCUGCUCAUGGGCACGGCCUCUGCCUCUGAAUCCGCUCGCAAAGAGACCCCGAACGUCCGAAUGGGCUGGUGCAACGACUGCCGGCGCGCCGUCAACAGACUGCAGGAGACCAUGCCCGGCCUCGCGGGCACUGUGGCCGGCUACAACGCCGCCGUGUCUCGAGGGAGCAGCCCUUGCCACUCCAUCGAAGAGUACCGCGAAGUUCAGAAACAGCAAUAUGACGAGCAGAAGGCGUUGGAGAGAAAGCUUCAAGACUUAGAGCAGGCAGCAACGGACGAGACCAUUUACUUCUGUACAAACUGCUUCAAGCGAUACAUCGUCACACAUAAUAAUGAGGAAAUUAAAUUGGUGUCUGGCGUGUCGACGGUGAGCGUGGCCGUGGCGGCCGGCGACGGCGACAGCGGGCACGCGCGACAAGCGGACGACGAGCACGAACCCAAGCUGCGGUUACUACCAGCACCACCAGCGCCACCCAAAGAAGAGAAGAGCAAGUCGCCCACCCCCGUGGCGCGGAGCCGCAAGAAGCCGCCCCCGCCGCCGCCCAAGCCCAAGGAGCCCGAGUCCGGGCUGUUCUUGUACAUAGACCUGCACGGACACGCCUCUAAGAAAGGUAUCUUUAUGUACGGGAACCACUUCGAGGACUGUGAAGCUUCGGUAGAGUGCAUGUUGCUUCCUCGAAUAAUGUCGCUUAACAACAUGCACUUCCAUUUCUCGUCGUGCAAUUUCACGGAGCGAAAUAUGUACCUUAAGGACCGCCGCGACGGCAUGUCCCGCGAGGGCUCCGGCCGCGUGGCCGUGCUGAAGGCCACGGGGCUGGUGCGCUCGUACACGCUGGAGUGCAACUACAACACGGGCCGCCUGGUCAACGUGCUGCCGCCCGCCGUCAAGGACGCGCCCGCCGCGCCCGUCACGCAGCCCGUGCCGCCCAAGUACACGCCGCAUAUAUUCGAAGAGAUAAGGGCCCGCAAUAAGAAUCUGGAGAAUGCGGAAGAUAUAGAUCCCUGGCAGGUGGGGCGUUCUCUCGGCGCAUCGAUUCUGGACCUGACGGGGCAACACCCGAACUCGCGCGUGCCGUGCUCCGAGCACCGCACGCUCGCCUCCGUGCGCGACUGGCUGCGUGCGCACACGCGCACCGUGCGGCCCACGCUGACCAUGUCGCGGCUGCGGCCGAAGACGUCGUCGCCCACGCGCGCGCCGCUGUACGCGCGCUCCAAGGCCAAGGUGUCGGACGCCGAGCGCAAGGAGAACACGUACGCGGGCGCCAAGCCCGACGAGCGCCGCACGCCGCCCGCGCGCUCCGUGCACGAGCUGCCCGAGCCGCCGCCCGGCAAGCUGGCCCGGCGCCGCAACGUGCUCGCCGUGCGCAAGCCCAACGCCAGCAAGACGCAGCUCGCCAAGCAGAGGCCCGCGCGCCGCUCCGCCGACGACGACAGCCCGCGCGUCUCCGUGCUGUCCGCCAAGCUCGGCUCCAAGCGCAGCCUCAACCGCUCCAUCCGCGCCGGCACGCGCGCCGACGCCAACCGCUGCCGCGCCAUGGCCUCGUCCUCCUCCUCCGAGCUGGCCGGCUGGGAGGAGGUCCCGGGCGGCACGCUGGCGGGCCUGUCCCGCGCGGAGUCGCUGGCCGCGGCCGGCAAGCGCCGCCCGCAGGCGUUCGCCGCGCCGCAGCACCUGAAGAAGAUCCGCCUCAAGACGGGCUUGUAGCGCAAGCCGCGCGCGCGCCCCCGGCUGCGGCCACCCGAGGACUCGCCCGGACCACACUAGGCCGUACUCUUCACCGCGGGCAGGUGGCUUCUACAUUUUGAGCCUUAAGGUUCAAAUCGAUGUCACAAGAGAUAUCUAAGCCCGUUUAAAGCCUGCUAUGACACACGAGCAUAAUAAAUGCGUGGUAUAUUAGCGUGUUCCGCUAGACGUAGAUGGGGUCUUGAUUUUAAUUCGAGGCAUAAAACUAAAAUAAUUAUAUGCUGAAAACUAGCAGACAAUAGCGACCGGUACAGAGUAGACGGCCUAGUGCGACCGAGACCGCCCCUUAUCAUCUCAUUGGCGUUAUUCACCAGCGAUUUUUCAGCUAUCCACGAUACGCAACGGAUGCUACGCGUAAUAAUUGAAGAAUUGCCAGCGAAACGCUCGUGUAAACCGUUCAGCAAGUCUGACAGACGGCAGCCGCUCGCGAUACGAGUAUGCCAUAUAUAAAUGAAAUUAUGAGUGCUCGACCCUUUUCCUAUAUCUAGCGUAGGUUAAUUUAGAUGUGAUCGGUUUUUCUUUGGAUUUUAUACUUGCCACGGCACUCUGUACUUUCUGAUUGAAAUCUCUGCUAUAGUACUAUAUGGUUUCCUAUCGAAAUAAGAUAUCAUACGCGUAUAGAAAUCUAAUAGACCCGAUCCCUUUGUCUCCACCGAAAAAAGUACCUUCAAAACGACAGGUAUAUUGUGACAGUUAUUGUUUUUUGUUGCAGUUUUACAGCUUUUUACAUAUAAGUUUUGUGUGAUGGAAAUUUUAUUGUUUUAAAUAAAAAUAAAUGUAUGUCUAUCGCAAAUACCCAUUAUCCAUACCGUGUGUGUAUUUUUCGUUAUUUUAUGUUUCAGAUUAUGACAUUUUUAUACAUAUACACUACAAGACUUUGCACUUUAAAGUAAGGCUUUAUUAAAAGACAUAUUAAACAAGCUAUAUCUUUAUAAUAUUGCUAAAUUUGUAUAAUGUUCCCCAUAGGGUAAUAGCUCCUGGAGCGGUUUGUAAAAUGAAAUUGAUCUCAUUAAGAAAAUGUUAUAAACCUUAUGGUGGCAGGCGAGGUGUAUCACAAAAUAUAUUUACUUAUUUCUGUUUAUACCAAAUAUGUAUAGAACCUACCUUGGUGGCAAAUGGUAUAAUUAUAAUUUUCAUGUUUAUAGAUUUUAAAUGUGAAAAUUGUACCGUUUAGUCAAACGGGGCAAGUGGGGGAAAUGCCUCUACCCAAUACAACAUGUUAAAAGUCAGGGAUAGUAAAGUUUCCCCUACGGUCUAAAGCAGGAAACGCGCAAUAGAUUUAGUGCCUCUAUCUUCACUUUCUAUUAUAAAAUAGAGGUACUUACCCCAUCUGUCCGUACAAACACACAAGGAUAUAGUUAGUACCUAUACUACAUAUUGUGCCACCAAGAUACAGUCUAGACUUAUUUGACCUUAUAAGGCUGUCAGUAUGUUUUGCCCUAAAUCGUUAUGUUAAUAAUACUUAAGCUUCUAUGAUAACAGUAAUUUAAUAGCGUGUCGUUUUAUUAUUACUGCUGACAGCCCCAAAUAUACACAGAAAUAAAUAAUUGUUUACAUGCAGUUUCACAACUGCUUAAAUGAUUACAGGUUUCACAAAGAUUGCUAUAACUAUAAUAGGAUUACUUUUAUUGAUUAUCACAAAGUAGUGUAGGAGGCACAGAUGUAUAAUACUGUUCUGGGCAAUCCGUAAACCAUAGCUGUGCAAUAUAUUGUAUAGAAAAACGUUUAUAAAGAUUUUUUAAGAUAAUUUCAAAGUAAUGGAAAUUUAAUUCUAAAUGUAUUAUUGAAAAAUUUUAGUUGUGUGUAAAGAAGUGUUUAUCAUAGAAAGUAUUGUAUGUAUAUUUUAAAAUAGUAACUAUUUAUUAUGAAAUGUAAUAAACUAUUAUAAUAACAGCAA